CGUGUCCAUAACACACGCCAGAAUACUUUUAUCUACUCUACAUUUGUAUGUUAUGGCAUCUUUUUUGGUAGCUUCAACAUAGGAAAGCCACCUCUGAUGACGAACCGUGAAGCAGUGAAUUGCGAGCGCGCGCGGCCAGCAGGGGACUCACUCAAGCUAAUCAUUUCAACAAACAGCACCUGUACGAUUCAUAGCAAAAACCCAACACGCAACGGAACUGCUGUCUUUCUGGUUUGAUAAAAUCUCCUGUCUGACAACUUCAAGAAACGAGAGGACCUCGCAGUGUGCUCCAUUGGCAACUUUCCACACUAAAACAGAAUAUCACAGCGACCAGAACAGGUGACAGACAACCUCUUGUUAGUUUAAGCCUUGAAAAGACACCUACUCUGGAUCAUGCGAUGGUUCCCACGUCGGCGUAUGUCCCCCCUGAAGCUGGUGCUCCUUGCAGGGACUCUCUUCAUGGUAGCCCUCGUUGUUCUCCAGAGGGAUGUUGGCUCAUCACCUGUGAGCGACCCCUGGUUACAAGAGCUGGUGGACAAGGGGGAUAAGGUGAUGGUCAUGGUCCGAGAUGCUGUCAAUAACAUGGGCUUUCAGAUCGGAGCUCCUCAACCUCCCCCAGUUCAGGUCCAGGCCACCGAGGAUCCCAACUGCCCCUCUGGUUACUACUCACAGGUUGACCUUAAACCUUUCCUGGAGAGACCUCCUCAGGACCCAAACGCCCCUGGGGCUGAUGGGAAAGGAUUUCAGAAAGACAAACUGUCUCCAGAGGAGCAGAAAGAAAAAGACGAGGGAAUGAAGAGGCACUGUUUCAACCAGUUUGCAAGUGAUCGCAUCUCGCUCAGUCGCAGUCUUGGGGAAGACACAAGGCCUCCAGAGUGUGUAAACAGGAAGUUUCAGCGUUGCCCUCCUCUGCCGACCACCAGUGUUAUUAUCGUCUUCCACAAUGAGGCUUGGUCCACCCUGCUCAGGACCGUCUACAGCGUCCUGCACACGUCACCUGCUUUCCUGCUCAAAGAGAUCAUCCUGGUAGAUGAUGCCAGUGUCGCAGACCAUCUCAAGACCCAGCUUGAGGAAUAUGUUCGUCAGCUGAAGAUUGUGAAGGUAGUGAGGCAGCCGCAGAGGAAGGGUCUCAUCACAGCCAGGCUGCUGGGUGCCAGUGUUGCUCAGGGCGAGGUCCUGACCUUUCUGGAUGCACACUGUGAAUGUUUCCACGGUUGGCUUGAGCCCCUGUUAGCCCGCAUUGUUGAGGAACCGACCGCUGUGGUCAGUCCAGAGAUUUCCUCCAUUAACCUUGAGAACUUUCACUUCGGCAAGCCUGUUGCCACCAACCGUGCUUACAACCGAGGUAACUUUGACUGGGGCCUCACCUUCGGCUGGGAGCCAAUCCCAGAUGACGCAAAGAAGCUGCGCAAGGAUGAAACAUACCCUGUGAAAACUCCUGCUUUUGCUGGAGGUCUCUUCUCGAUCUCAAAAAAAUACUUUGAGCACAUUGGAACAUACGAUGACAAGAUGGAGAUCUGGGGUGGUGAAAAUGUGGAGAUGUCUCUAAGGGUGUGGCAGUGUGGGGGUCAGCUAGAGAUCAUCCCAUGUUCUGUGGUUGGCCAUGUCUUCCGUACCAAGAGCCCCCACACUUUCCCCAAAGGCACAGAAGUCAUCACUCGCAACCAGGUUCGCCUGGCUGAGGUCUGGUUGGAUGACUACAAGAAAAUCUACUAUCGUCGCAACAAGAAUGCUGCAACCAUGGCACAACUGCAUAAAUAUGGAGACAUCUCUGAGCGUCUAAAUCUGAGAGAGAAUCUUAAGUGCAAGAAUUUCACCUGGUACUUGCAAAAUAUCUACCCAGAGAUGUAUGUGCCUGAUUUAAACCCAGUAAAAUUUGGAGCACUAAGAAAUAAAGGAUCAGGAACCUGCCUGGAUGUUGGAGAGAAAAAUGAGGGGGGUAAACCUGUCAUCAUGUACCAGUGUCACAACAUGGGAGGUAACCAGUACUUUGAGUACACAUCUCACAAAGAGCUGCGUCAUAAUAUAGGCAAACAGUUGUGUCUUCAUGCCUCGCCUCAGCCUGAGCAGGUGAAGCUAGAGCUCUGUCACCUGAAGGGAAAGGGCACCAGCCUGUCUCCACAACAGGUGUGGGUCUUUACAGAGGAAAAUCUUCUCCAGAAUCCCAGUAGUGGAAAAUGUUUACGACUAAAUGGAGGACAGAUUAACAUGGACGACUGCAAUACUGCUAACACUUUCCAGCACUGGAGCUGGAGCUGAUCUCUUUCUGUCAGGUCACUUCAGGUACUUUGUGCCCCCUCCUCAAACUCGACUCUGAGGAACCAACAGAGCAACGAUCCAGACGGCUUCAUACCUUGGAGCUCGGGGUGUUGGGUGAUGCUGAGUGGAUACAUAAAGAUGGAGGACAGAGUGAAGACAGACAUCUGCUGAAGAUGCUUGGGUUGACCUCGACUUGUUUUACAUUUAUUUAUGGAAACUGGGGAACAGACAUUUAAAGGUGGUUGGGGAUUACCAGGCGGCAUGUGGACUUUUACGUCUAGGUGGGACAGAUCGACGGUGAUCAAAAGCUUUCACCUGCAGAAAUCUUAAUCAGGGAAAUGACACUCUGCUUGGAAAGUCGAUGCGUUAUGAUUUUAUUGUCAGACAAUGAAUGUCAAAAUAUGAAAUUGUGCAAAAAGAGUAAAUUAUUUCUGUUUUUUAAA